AUGGCGGCAUGGCACCUCCCGAGCUGGCCGACGCUCGCGCGGACAGCAGCUCGCGGCGUAGCGUGGGCGACGGACAUUGCGGCCAUCGUGGUGCUCUGCUUCGUUGCGCAGAAUUGGACGGCAACAUGCGGGGCCGUGGCUCCAGGAAUCAUCGGCGCCGUCAUCGCCCUGCUCAACGAUAGCUGGCAGAUGGUCGCGUUUGCCGACCGCUCGCUGGGCGUGGCGUCCAUGGGGCCGCACCGGACGCUCAUGCUCGACGUCUUCUCGCUGGCCGUCUCGCUCGGCGGCGUCGUGCUCAUGCUCGUGUUCAACGUGCAGGGCAAAGAAGUCCACGAGCUGGCGAGGCACGCUGGCGAAGAGGGAGAGGGAGACGGCGGCGGAACCACCUUUCACAGGUCGACCAUGGCGUGGCUGGGCCUGUGGUUGCUAACCGUCAUCAUAACCGUCCGACGUCCUGCCCACGUCCUGCCCACGUCUGGCCUGCCAGAAAAGUGCCUGCAAAGCAUGUUCAACCCGUCAUGGGAUCUCAAGCUACGCAACGACGGUCUCUACGGCCCAGGCCUGUGCCGUGGCCGCACUAGUCAAGUCGGAUUGGGCUGA